AUGAAAUUUACUGCCGCUAGAUAUAACAUUGACUAUUAUUAUAUUUGGAUUAUACAUGGAAACGAGAAUUGUUAUGAAGAAUUGAUUGCACAUUUGCACUCUGUUUCUGCUGCUGUAAUAGUCAGUUAUAUUUGGAUAGAAGAUUUGAAACUCGGUUCAAAUCGAAUUGAAUAUUUAUUCGAUCACAUGAUACCAAGAGUACUGACAAAGAAAGAAAAGUGGAGAAAAGUGGAGUCAUUCCGAUGCGUCUGGAACAAUUGUGGCAAAUUGUGUAUUUCACAAAAGCAGUUAAACCGUCAUCAGCGUGAAAUACAUUUUCAACCAGUCCAGGAACUAAACCAAACGGACGAAGAGGAGUCCGUCGCCGACGGUUGUGCAGAAUUGUUUGCUUCAAAAAAACAGUCAAGCCAACAUCAAAAUCAACCGACAGCAAUUCAAGAAGUACAAGAACCGAACGAACAGUCAUCGGAAGAAUCGCAGCCAUUUAUUUCAAAAGUCAGAAAACAAUUUCAAUGUGAUCAUAUUUAUUGCACCGAAUCAUUCAGCUCUAAUAAAGAAUUAAAACGUCAUAGAUCAACAGCUAAUCAUUCGACUAAUCGACAGACCAUUAGUCAGGAGCAUCUGAUGACCGCGACUGUUGAUCAACAGGUUGAACAAGAAAAGGAACCUGUAGGCUCAAGGCAAUUUGAAAAAAUGAAUUACCAACCAAAUGAUAGUGUGACAGAAGGCUUUGCUACACCAUUUGAUCAUUACUUUGACGAAUAUUGUUCACCGUUUCCUGAUCUAGAAAUACCAUUUGGCUCAAAAGGCUGCUUUUUCUCAGUCUCAAAUUGGACAACAAAAGUCGUCUAUGUUAAUCCACCAUUUGAUGAAACACUGAUGACGUGCGCUUUCAACAGGAUAUACGAACAAAUUAGAAAUGAUGAAACAAGACGAAAAUACAUUUUUACGCUACCUGACUGGAAAGACUUUACUGCGCUGAAUACCUUAAAACAGUGCAUAUGGAUAAAUGAGAUUAAAACCUAUAGAAAAGGUCAAUUAUAUUUUAUAAGUUAUUAUGGAGAUUGUAUAAAAGAAAUAUCGCCAUGUGAUAUAGCAGAAAUUACACUGAUGAAUGAUUAG